AACCGCAAAAAUAUUUAUUAACACAUAAAUAAAUGGCACCGCCGCGAGCCAAUAAUCGGCCUGCAGCCAGGCGCAAAAAGGAUAAAAACCUGCUGCUGAUGCUACGAGACAAGUAUGCCAAUUGGAAUUAUGUCAAAUAUCUGAUAUUCGAGCCGGCUGCGUUGCCAAUUGUGUCGGUGCUGAUUGUUUUGGCCGAGGCGCUUAUCAACGUGUUUGUCAUCCGACGAGUGCCUUACACAGAAAUCGACUGGGUUGCCUACAUGCAGGAAUGCGAAGGCUUUUUGAAUGGCACAACAAAUUAUGCGUUGCUGAGAGGUGACACGGGUCCGUUGGUUUAUCCGGCUGCAUUUGUUUACAUUUACUCGGCCCUCUAUUUUAUAACAUCGCACGGCAGCAAUGUGCGUCUCGCCCAGUACAUAUUCGCCGGCAUUUAUCUGCUGCAAAUGUGCCUCGUCUUACGGCUCUAUGCGAAGAGCCGCAAAGUGCCGCCUUACGUCCUGGUGCUGAGUGCCUUCACCUCCUAUCGCAUCCACUCGAUCUACGUGCUCCGGCUCUUCAAUGAUCCGGUGGCCAUUCUCCUGCUCUAUGCGGCUCUAAAUCUAUUCAUGGAUCGUCGCUGGACUUGGGGCAGCAUCUGCUUCAGUUUAGCGGUCGGCGUCAAAAUGAAUAUUCUGCUCUUUGCGCCCGCCUUGCUGCUGUUCUAUCUGGCCAAUCUGGGCUGGAUCAAAACACUGCUACAGCUCACCCUUUGCGCUGGGAUACAACUGCUGUUGGGUGUUCCAUUUCUGCUCACGCAUCCGCUGGAAUACUUACGCGGCAGCUUCGAUUUGGGUCGCAUCUUUGAGCACAAAUGGACGGUCAACUAUCGAUUCCUGAGCCGAGAGUUCUUCGAGCGACGCGACUUUCAUAUAUGCCUGCUCGGAAUGCAUCUGGUGUUGCUGCUCUGCUUUGCCCGGCCAACGUGGACGUUCUUCAGGAGCUAUGUGCGAUUGCGUCUGGUGCAGCAACAGUUGCAGCCGCAGCUGGACCGCAAGAAUCGCGAGCUACUCCAAAGCCAAAGCAAAAGCAAAGCCAAGUCCAAGAAAUCGUUGGAGGAAUCGAAUCAGCAGCUGAGCAGUGAGCAAAAAUCCUUUCUCAAGGCAUACGAGAAGGGACUGCAGCAGUCAACGGGUCGCAAGCCAGCAGCAAAUGCUAUCGAGGCACAACCGGAAGGCAGCUAUGGCAUCCACUUCGAGCAGUGCACCCAGCUGGCUCUCUUGCCGUUCUUCGUGUGCAACUUCAUUGGGAUUGCUUGCGCUCGUUCGUUGCAUUAUCAGUUUUAUGUUUGGUAUUUUCACACGCUGCCGUAUUUGGUUUGGUCUACGCCGUAUUCGCUGGGCGUUCGUUUUCUGUUGCUGGGCAUCGUUGAGUACUGCUGGAACACCUAUCCCAGCACGCAAGUCUCGAGCCUCGCACUCCACUUGUGCCAUCUGGUGUUGCUGGUGGGCGUGGCAAGGCAAAUCUUUCACACGAUGCGCCUGAAUGCCGCAGUGAGGCAACAACAAUCGAAGUUGCAGCAAAAUGGCCAACCAAAACUAUUAACCAAAAAACAGCAAUAAACAAAUUGAAAGACUUUUGUGUACAAUUUUUAAUAAUAAAAAGACAGCUCGUUGAGAAACAAAA